AUGACUCUAGAUGGGGAUUGGCAAAACAAAGUUUACAAGAUAUAUGACAAGAACAAAGAAUUUGAAUGUGCCCUCGGCCAACGAAAGGAGAAUCCCCCCACGGCAUCGGUACGUAAGGAGCAUGAAGUCGCCGCCCUACGAAAGAAAGAAGAAGCACGUAAAAGGCGUGACGAGGCAACCCGUAAAAGGCGUGCAGGUAGUGCAACGACUGCUGCCAGUGCAGUACAGGAGCCUGAGCUUGUGCCUGAACCUGAACCAAUACAGGAGCCUGAAGAUGAUGAUAUGGUAAAGGGAAGGGUUGAGGCUGCUGGUCUAUUGCCUUUCUUGACAUGCAACUUUCCCUCUGUUGACAAGACCAUGCUAACAGCGUUUGUGGAGAGAUGGCAGCCGGAGACAUCCUCUUUCCAUAUGCCAUUUGGGGAGAUGACCAUCACACUGGAUGAUGUUAGUUAUUUGCUACACAUUCUUGUGAAGGGAAAAUUCUUCACUCUCCCAGUCCUGACUCGUGAGGAAGCAGCCACUAUAUUGCAUAAACAGCUUGGUGUUACACAAGCAGCUGCUGAAGAGGAGAUUCGAAAGUCCUUAGGACCUUAUGCUCGUUAUACAUGGUUGUUGAAGGUGGCUGAGGACAUGGCUAAGGAAGGGAAGACCAAGAAAGCUGCUAGAGCCUUCUUGCUGCGUUUGGUGGGGAUGACGAUCUUCUGUGGGAAGACAAACAACAAGGUGGAUGUUGCAUAUUUGGGGAUGUUCAUGGACUUGGAAAAGGUUGGGGAGUAUGCAUGGGGUGCCAUGGCAUUGGCUUUCCUUUAUGACCAGCUGAAGGACGCCACCAAGGUCUGCACCAGUAGCCUUAGAGGAUACUUAAAUCUGUUUCAGGCAUGGAUAUUUGAGCACUUCCCUGCUUCAUUGUUUGAUAGAAACCUGAACAGGAAAUACAAUGAGAAAGAUCCUGGGUGGAUUCGGCAUUCAGGCAUCAUCCGCCCAUAUCUUCCAAAGCGUGUGUUGAGGCAGUUCCAUAUGCUCCAGGAUCAAUCCAAUUUACCACCGGCAAACAUUCCCCGUGUUGAGGAUAUUGAUGAGAGGUUUGAGAACAUGGCUCAUUGCGUGGCUGCUCAACAUACUGACACUCCAACGACAACGCCUCGCUACUUUGAGUGGUACAAGUCAAUCUCACACCGCUUUGUGGUCCCUCCUGAAAUAAGAGGUCCUGUGACAGUAACUCUUGUGAAUGUUCUCAAACAAUUACGGGAGUUGAGUGAUAUCAUAGUUGAUCCCAGUGAGACGCCUCAGCGGAUCCUCGAGGCAAACCAGCGUAUGCGGGAUAUCAUACUGCAGCACUUGGAGUAUGGAGGUGAUGAUGAUGACAAUGGCAUUGGCAAUGGAGUUGCACCUCAUGGUGGUGGUGCCCGUGACAGAAAGAAGAAAGGAAAAGCAUCUACCUCGAAGACUAGUUAG